AAUUUUGGUCUUCGAAGUGUCAGAAACGGGCUUCCAUAGAGGGGUCACAAAAUCAAGAAAUGUCUUCUUUGAAUCUGCCUUUGCUCUUCAGGUCAUCUCUUGCUCUCAUUGGUUGAAGUCAUAGCAGAAUUACCAUAAAGGAGGCAAGUGGCGAAAUGACCCACUCGGUGGCAAGCUGGUGAUGCGUCACAGUUUCUCAAAAAACAAAAAAGGGAGAUAGAGAUGGAAGAAAAAGAGGAUUAAAAUAGCGCAGAACCUGCGGGUUAAUGUGCACCAAUGGCCACCAAGCCAUUUCUCAGAGUGGCGAGAAGACAAUUGCCACAGGUGAUGGAAGACAUGAGCUGCUUUGAGCGUCACAGUAUAUGCUGGUAGUAAGUAGCUAAAUUAAUUUCUCGAUCGAAAGUUUUGCCAUGUAAUCAUAACGGCGCAAAAGCCUCUGCAAAGUGGCAGAAAUUAAAACCAUUUCACAACGUCACUUCUCGGGAGAUCAUGAAAGUGCAUUGCAUGAGGACAAGUGGAGGAAGCUGAAGAAAGCCAGCUUCACCGAUGAGGCAGCCAAGUUCUGCGCCUCUCCCUUUACGCACAUGCGAGGCGAGGACAGAGCGCACCACAUCAAGACGCUGAAAGAUUGCAAGCACAACUACAUUUUUUAAUUCAAACUUGCUAGAAUUUUUUGAAUUUUAGAAAACACAAAGAAAGAAAAAAAAGCACAUCAUGGAUGGAGAAGGUGGAUCGUUCAGGUUGGCCAAAUCAGCUGCUGUAAAGCUAUCCGAGAUGGGUGAGAGGACCAAGCAACUGGGCUCCGCGAUGAGAGAUCCUCACCAGCAGAAGCGGAUCAUAUUAGUGAUUGUUUGCGUGGCUCUGCUACUGGACAAUAUGCUCUACAUGGUCAUUGUGCCAAUUAUUCCAGACUAUCUUGCUGAUCUGGAGAGUGAGCAGUCAGAGCACGUCCACCUAGUCCUGCACCCCAACACUUCUUCAGCCAACAGCACAAAUCAAGACAAUAUCAACAAGGACAACUUGGACAUCCAAAUAGGAGUGCUUUUUGCAUCUAAAGCCAUUCUGCAGCUCCUGGUUAACCCCCUCUCGGGAACUUUCAUAGAUCGAGUAGGAUACGACAUACCUCUUCUCAUCGGGCUGACCGUGAUGUUUGUGUCUACCUGUAUUUUCGCCUUUGCAGAGAACUAUGCCACGCUGUUUGUGGCCAGAAGCCUGCAGGGUCUGGGCUCUGCUUUCGCGGACACAUCUGGCUUCGCGAUGAUCGCCGACAAGUACACAGAGGAAGCAGAGAGGAGCCGGGCGCUUGGCAUCUCUCUGGCUUUCAUCUCUUUCGGGAGCCUGGUGGCGCCUCCUUUCGGGGGCAUCCUGUACGAGUUCGCCGGUAAGAGGGUCCCCUUCAUCGUGCUCGCCUCCGUCUGCCUGGUGGACGGUGUUCUGCUCCUUACCGUCAUCAAGCCCUUCUCCAACAGGACUCGGGAGAACAUGCCAGUGGGUACUCCCAUGUACAGACUCAUGAUCGACCCCUACAUCGCCGUGGUGGCCGGAGCGCUCACCAUGGCCAACAUCCCGCUGGCCUUCCUGGAGCCCACCAUAGCCAACUGGAUGGAGACGACCAUGCACUCCACUCAGUGGGAGAUGGGACUCACCUGGCUGCCGGCCUUCUUCCCUCACGUCCUUGGUGUGUACAUUACUGUUAAACUGGCCGCAAAGAACCCCCACCUGCAGUGGUUCUACGGGGCUUUAGGCAUGGUAAUCAUUGGGGCCAGUUCAUGCACGGUCCCUGCAUGCAAAACUUUCGGGCAGCUCAUCGCCCCGCUGUGUGGCAUCUGUUUCGGCAUUGCGCUGGUGGACACGGCGCUGCUGCCGACCCUAGCGUUCCUGGUCGACGUGCGCCAUGUCUCCGUGUACGGUAGCGUUUAUGCCAUCGCGGAUAUCUCGUAUUCGAUCGCGUAUGCUAUGGGUCCGAUUGUGGCCGGGCAGAUCGUGCACAACCUUGGCUUUGUCCAGCUGAAUCUGGGCAUGGGUCUGGUCAACGUGCUUUACGCGCCGGCGCUGCUACUGCUGCGCAACGUGUGCCAAAUGAAACCGUCCUACUCGGAAAGGGAUAACCUUUUAGACGAGGCUCCGCAGGGGCUGUACGACACUAUCAAGAUGGAGGAGGUGAGGGCUAAAAAGAAGGGCUACAGUUCUGCGGGGAAUUGCUUGUCGGUGGAUGAAAAUGGGUUCGAUUCCUUCAGAGCGCAACAGUCCUCCGGUCCGGAAUACACCUAAACAUUCCCAGUAGUAAAGGAGUUGUAUUCCCAGAAUGAGGCAGACAGGUUCUAAACCAGUGAUUUAAACUUUUAUGUAUGUACAUUAUAAAAUACCCAAUCAAGAAAAUUGCCAAAGUAUUUUUCUUUCUUUCUUUCUUUCUUUCUUUCUUUCUUUCUUUCUUUCUUUCUUUCUUUCUUUCUUUCUUUCUAGUGAUAUUGUGUCAAAAAAGUCUACGUGGCGUUCGUCAAACAGGAGUUUUUUGUGAGAGAUUUACAAGUACUUGUUGAAUUUGUGUGUACUACUGAGUAUUAUAUGAAAAGAAAAAAAUAUUUAAAUUAAUACGUGGGACCAACCAAACUCUAAGCAGCACAUUCUCUCCCUCCUUCAGCACAAACUAUAGAAAAUUAUUUUCUAGUUAGUUUUGCAUAUCAAAAGUCCUCCAUAGAUUGAAGAUUUUGUGAAUUAUUUACCAGAUGCGUUUUAUUUUUUUGUUCAUAUUUGAAGGUAAAUGUGUCAUCAUAAAUGGGAUCUGUAUAUAUGUGGAUAUAUGCACAAUGUAAAAUUGUUUACGCGUGUGUGUGCGUGCGUGCGUGCGUGUGCGCAUUUUGUGAAGACCAUGAAAACAAGUGUUCUGAAAAAAUGUGUUUAUUUAAAUCAGCUGUAGUUUAAUAAAAUCUCUGUCUGGAUCUGUG